AUGUUUAAGAAACUAUUACAUAUCACACCUGACUUCCAUCCUGAUUCCAGGAAGAGUUCUCCAGUGCAAAAGGAGGAUAGUUUUAAAAGAAAGAGUGGUGAGAGAAUUGGAGACAACUACAGACCGCGUAUUAUUCCUAAUGCAGCUGCCAGCCAGCGGAAGUCAAUUAUUGGCCAAUCAGACUAUGAUCUAGCCAAUGGUACAACAAAUUAUAAUGAUCUUGCAAAUGAGGCUAGGAACUAUGUGGCAAUACCACAGGAACAAUUGCUACACCGAUAUGAACACGACUCCCAAAUCCCUACCAUAGUGGAUACGAAUGUUACGAAAUUAAUGCCAUUUGGUGAUGGGUCAAAUAAAGUCUUUGGAUAUGAAAAUUUUGGCCAUACCUGUUAUUGUAACUCUGUUUUACAAUGUAUUUAUAACUUACCUGAAUUCAGGAAAAGCAUACUCCAAUUCCCACAACGCUACCCAUUGAAAAGCAGGGUUCGAGUGGAAGAGUUCCAUUCGUUACAUGAAAGAAAUUAUAUAAACGAAGUCGUGGGCCAACAGGAACAAGAAGCUAUAUCGAUAAAUGAAUCUGUCACCAGUCUUAACUCUCAUCAAACGCAAACCCGUUCUACCAACACUCAGCCAGAGCUGAGUACCAAGUCACAAUCAAAUAAGACAAUUGAUGAUGACAAGAAGAAAGAGAAUAGAAAGAGUUUUUUCAAAGAUCUCUAUAAGAUAAGAACUACUAGUAGUAAUGCUACUGACAGUGGUUACUUAGGUGAUAAAUCUAUUUACACUGAGUAUAGCGCUGAUAGCUCUCCAAAAGAUGAUGACACUGACAAGGAAUCUUACUCAAAUACAACCUACGACUCAACUAAUUCUCAAAGUAAACCAUCCCAACCGCAAUCUAAACCAGCAGGCUAUUUUGAUACCGUUGGAGAGAAACUUCACGGCGAUUGCAGAAAAGUAAUUGUUGGGAAUCCUGAACUCAAUAAGACAUACUCUCAGACAUACUUUAACGUAAGUGAAUCUUCAAAUGACCUAAAUAUUGAAAUAAGAAAAAAGUUGGCUUUGAUUCACGGUCCUGUUAUCAAUAUUGAUCAUUUGUUAUAUAAAGACCAACCUCAUUUCCUUUAUUAUGCACUAAAGGACAUCAUGGAAUGCAUAACAGAGAACAGAUAUCUGUCUGGUGUUGUGUCCCCCGCUGAAUUUGUUAAACUACUGAAAAGACAAAAUCCUCUUUUCAACUCAACUAUGCAGCAGGAUGCUCAUGAAUUUCUUAAUUUCUUAUUGAACAACAUUAGUGAUUUUGCUGGUAAGUAUAAAUCAAAUUAUUUGAAAUCAUCUAAUGAAGAAGAAUGUGAGAUAUCACACGAUUUUGUGAAAGACCAAUUUGAAGGCGUUCUGCUAAACAGAAUAAAAUGCUUAACAUGUGAUUGUGUCAGUGCCAAUGAAGAGCCAUUCUUAGAUUUUCCCAUCGAAAUUCAAAACGAUGAAGCUAUUAAUAUUCAAGAUACAUUUAGAAGUUUUUAUCAACGGGAGAUUUUAUGUGGUCCAAACAAAUUCUACUGUAAUGAGUGCUGUGGCUUACAAGAAGCAGAAAAAACUGUUGGCUUUGAAAAACUACCUAAGACAUUGGCAUUGCAUCUGAAAAGAUUUAAGUGUGAUGGUAUUGUGAACUCUAAACUUUUCAAUAAGAUUGAAUAUCCAUUAACACUGACUGUAUGUUCAUGUUUUGACAAUUCUCUGUGUAAGACCUAUGAACUAACUGGUGUAGUACUUCACGUUGGUGCUAGCCCUACUCAUGGUCACUAUGUUUCUAUAUGUAAGCAUGAGAAAUACGGUUGGCUAAUGUAUGAUGAUGAAACGAUUGAGUCAAUUCCAGAAGAGGCUGUCACUAGUCAUGUUGGAGAGCCUAACAAUCCAAUAACUGCAUAUGUUUUGUUUUAUAGUGAGAAAAUCCAGAAUAAAAAGACACAGCUAUCUGAUGAAUUAGCUUACAAUAAUAAUAUCAAUAAGCUGAUGUCAUAUGAAACCUGGUUAAGAAAUAAAGACAUGGUGGAGAAACAAUGCACAACAAACUACUCAAACAUAACAACAAAUCUAAGCAAACAUUCAAAAUGUGCCCCAAAGAUAGCCCAACAUUCUAAAAGAAGACCAAAAUUUUUAACGUUCAUUUCCACCUAA